UUUCCCGGCAGUGAACAUGGCUGGAGUCAUCGAAGCAAUGAGCAGAUGUUCCCUCUGCACAAACUAUCUUGAAAAACCAAUCUCCCUGAGGUGUGCUUGCAGCCUCUGUCUCACCUGCUUCAUGUCAGCACGGAUACCCCCGGAGGGUUUCCUGUGCCACUUCUGUGGUGUGGUUUCUCAGAAGGAUGACUUCAGGCUCAAUCGUCAGCUGGGGAAGUUGGCCUCCACGCUCAAGGAACUGGAGCCCCAGCUGAGAGCUAGUCUAUGGAUGAACCCAAAUAUACGGAAGUUCCAAGUGGAUAUGACCCUGGAUGUUGACACGGCUAACAACUACCUCCUCAUUUCCAAAGACCUCAGGAGUGUCCAAGGCGGGCAUAUCAAACAGAACCGGCGACUGCUUGCUGAGAGAUUCGACUUAGCAGUUUGUGUCCUGGGCUCUCCUCUCUUCACUUCUGGCCGUCAUUACUGGGAGGUGGACGUGGGAACCAGCACAGAAUGGGACCUGGGAGUCUGCAAGGAAUCUCUUCGCCGACAAGGACGGAUUCCGCUGACUGCAGAGCACGGAUUAUGGAUCGUGAGUUUGAGGGCUGGAAGUCGUUUAUUUGCCAGCACAGUGCCUAAGACUAAGCUCUGGGUCAACUACCAGAUACACCGAGUGGGGAUUUUUCUGGAUAUGGACAUGGGAACCAUUUCCUUCUUCCACGUUGAAGUCAGAUCCCAUCUCUUCACAUUCACGGGAAUUCCCGUCAAGGAGCCUCUACGCCCGAUGUUUGCCCCUUCAAUCCCAACUAAUGGUGACCAAGGCGUCCUAAGUAUCUGUCCUAUGAUGAACAUUUGA